UGCUCACAGCCAUCGAUCUUUCGAAUAAAGCACCAACAGACUUGAGAUACCAACUCCAACCCACACUUAUCAUCAUAAAAAUUGAUAAUUGUUUGCCCAUUUACCAAAGUCCACUUAUUUGCCCUCUAACCUCCGCGUAUGUUUGCCGCCAUUUUUGCCUACCCCUCUCAACACAUUCUUUAUGAUCGGUUCUGCUUCAAUCAUCUCCCUUCGUCUGCAUAUUACCAACGGGGAAACAUAUAGGCCUACUUUUGGAAGGCGCCAUCGAAUUAUUCUCCACGAACUAGUUAUUUGAGAAUCUGGUCUUUCAUUACACAGGAAAACGUUAUCACAAUGAAUUGAUACAACGCAUUGGAAUAUUUUGAUGAUUUUAGCCUGAAGCCUUAAAUUCAUGCCUCACUCUUUUGAGGAUCUGUUCUGAAAUCUGAAAUGACCAUCAUGAUUGGUGUUAGGAGAAAAAACUCAUUUUGUACCCGCCUUCUUUUAAUAUUAUGCUUAGCUUGGGUUGCCAACUCGGAAUUAUAUCCAUUCGGUACCGGUAAUGGGGACACCACUCUCAGAAAAGAAAACGAUUAUGCAGAACGCGUGACAUUAGAUAGAGCAUUCCCAUUUGGUGGGAAAUACCACAAUGUAUUAUACAUAGGGGACAACGGUGUUAUCUCGUUUGAAGAUGCAAUUUACGUGGAGUCUACCGAUGCUAAGUUUAGAAAUUUACCAAUUUAUUACGAUGCAGACGAAGACGGUGUUGUAGAGGACCCGGAUGCGAUAUUUCCAUUUUGGGCAGACGUCGACAUAUCUGGUGACGGUGGUAAUCUAUAUUAUCGCGUUUCCACCAGUACGUCAACCCUCGACCAAGCUACGACAGACGUCCGCAGUUACUUCCGGAGCAAUGUCAACUUUCAAGCUCAAGUAGUUAUUGUCGUCACAUGGGACCAAGUCUCAUUUUACAACCAAGCUGGUGACCAAGACCCUAGGAAUACUUUCCAGGCAGUGCUUAUCCAUGAUGGUCAAGAGUCGUUCGUUUUACUCAACUAUGAAGCCAUCAACUGGGUAGUUGGGACAUUGAUGCAGGGGGACGACAAUACUGGCCUUUACGGUUCUUCCAAAAUCGGCAUUGCAAUAGUUGGGUUUUUGAUGUCCGACGGUGAGAUUUACGAAGUCUUUGACUACGAUCAAGAUACAUUACAGGAUUUGCCUACGGACAGCAACGUAGAGGUCGAUGGAGUCUACGCAUACAAGGUGGACGGCAGUUCAAUCAUUGAUCCAGUAUGCAAAACUGGACCGGGAGCAGAAUUGUCAAUCACCCCAGCCCGUGGCGGUAUGAUGGGAGGCGAAAGGAUAUACCUCUAUGGACCAUGUUGGGCAGUAGAGCAAGUCCAGACCUGCGUGUUCUCCCAUGGUGGUGAAAUCAUCCAGGAAGUCAAUGCAACGGUCCUUAACACCAACGAGGCCUAUUGCGUCCCUGACCCUUUCUUCCUCGUCGGAGAGGUGACCAUCGCGGUGGUAAAGGCCGGUGACGAACUUGCUACUUCGCCUUCAACCAUAUAUUCCCUCCUUGAAAGCGGGAGAUUAACGCCUACCAUUACAAGAAUGAACUCCGAUUCUUCCAACUGGGAUAUGACCGACAACCCUCUUACUAUUACUUGGCAACCAGACCAAGAAAGCUUUGGCAGCUCGGACAGCGCCCUCUCGAUCAAUGUUCUAGCAUACCGCGAGGACAAUCCCGGACCGCGAUGGGAAACCGUCUAUCUGAUAACUAAUAGCACGGCAGAUGAUGGCUCGCAUACGUUCACUCCAACGGCACAACCGGAAGUGACAGAAGACAAUGCAUUUGGUGUGAUCAGGAUCACUGGGAAUGCAAACGGUCGUGAACGUGUCCUAUGGAGCGACAUUCAUCCCCUGGGUUAUCUAUUGGAACAGUCCUAUCAGGAUGACCCAGUUCUGUGGGCUACAGAUAAAUGCAAUGAGUGGCUUACGGCAGACGACUCCAAAGGACCAUUCAUUGAGAACCUUCCGGCUUGUCCGUGCACCUUAGACCAGGCAACACAAGAUGUUGGGACCUUCGUCACCGACCCCGCCUGCAAUACUCUGAGCACGGAAGCAAAUUGUGCGGAAAAUGAAGGAGCCAUAUAUUGCGUUCUCAGCGCUUAUGCAAGUCGUAUUACUAUGUCCGGUACCAAAUGUUGCUAUGAUGAAAACAAUCUUCUGAUGCACUCUGGUGACACGAGGUAUGCAGGUAUGGCAGGCCGAUCACAUAUUCGAGGAGCAAGUCCCUACAGGCAAAGAAAUCUAGUUCCGGAACUGUCCCAUUGGUCCAACGACGUCAUUGCCAAGCACUUUUGUUGUGGAUGGGCUAGUGAAAAGGAAUGCUUCGAAUACACCAAAGUGAGACCAACCACUGAUUGUGUUGCUUACGAACCACCAACUAUAGCAUUGUCGUUUGGAGAUCCUCAUUAUAUCACAAUGGAUAGGACUAACUUCACAUUCAACGGGCUAGGGGAGUACACCCUACUUCGUUAUGCUAUGAGUGGGACUAAGACAGGUCCAUUUGACUUCGAGCUCCAGGGGCGACAGAUAAAGACACUGGAUAGCAGCGGUAGGGAAGUUGAUGUGACCCAACUAUCUUCGGUCGCAAUGCAGGACAGCGGUUCGGAUACCAUCUUUGUGGAGGCUAGCGCCAGCAGCGGUAUGGACGUUUACAGAAGGGGCACGGAAGACAAUGCAGAAUGGCAGUCGGUUUACUUUUCACAGCAGACCUUCACAGAUUUACAAGGCUGUGCCGUGGGCGUCACAGAAUUCCAACUCGAUGUCGAGAUCCACGGUGUCGUCGUCAUGUUCAAGGAAACCGGUAUCGGCGUUGCAGUCAACUACCACGACGGAAUGCUUGCUGUACAACCAAUCCUGCCGUCGACAAUAGAUAGCGAACAUUUGUCUGGGUUGCUAGGCAACAUGGAUGGUGACCCCAGCAACGACAUGGAGGCAAGAAAUAGUAACACCCCACUCGAGGAUCCGACAGAUGAAGAGAUCUUCCAAUUUGGCCAAUCAUGGGAGAUUGAAGCAGAUUACACCCUAUUCCGAUACGUGUCAAACAGGGACCAUUCCCACUACCACAACACGUCAUUCGUUCCUCGUAUGAACGUAGCUCUUCCAACCCUUUACCCACCAUGUAACGACGUUUACCAAUGUCUGUUCGACUACGAGGUGUCAAAUGACGAUGGGGACUUAGCCCUGGCUACAUUGGAUGCUUACGAGGACUUUGAGAGCAGUUCGGAAAACAUUCGUAAAAUCGACGCAUGCCCGUAUCUGAUCACACCUUACAAUGGCACAAAGUCGUACUCGUCAGAUUCGAAUAAAUAUUUUGAAGGCGCCGAGGUCUCAUUUACCUGCGGUGAGAAUUUAUUGAUGGUUGGCUCAUCCUUCAAGCGAUGUGAAUAUGACAUGGAGGUAGGAAGUCUUGUAUGGACCGGAUCAGAAGGAGAUAAUGAAUGCAUAGAAUCCACAUGCGGCGUCCUGGACACCCCUGCAAAUGGUUCCAUUGCUCUAAGCGAGGAUGGCAGUACAGCAUAUUUCGCCUGCCAGGACGGUUUCACGUUGAGUGGAGCCAUGCAGUCGGUAUGCCAGGAAGGGGUAUGGUCCAGUGCCGCCCCGACAUGCAUCGAUGGCGACAUCGACCCCGGUGACAAUAACGCCCUCGUCAUCGCCCUCAGCGUGGUCUUUUCACUUAUCUUUAUCGUACUCGUCGUCGUUGGCGUCUUCGUGUUCCUCCGAUAUUGGCAGUACGGAUCGUUUAAUACAGAGAAGCAAGCGCCUAAGGUUUCUACCAAGGAGGCAGAGGUCAACUGGGGAAUGGAGAACGACACCGGGAGUUUGGAGCAUAUCAACACAGCAGACGUCCCGGCAAAAACGCCUCAACCAUCCAAUGAAACACCUUAUUUAUAGUCCUUGGAAAUCUCACAGCCUUCGCUCUCAAUGAAAUACAUGACAUUAUUGGGUUGGUUGGUUCACUGCCAUCGAUUAGUGUGACUAGUAGUCAAGUAGACCAAUUUCGAGAGAAUAUCGACUAACCCAUGGGAGCUAUGGCGACGGCAUAUCGUGACAUGUAGGUGGUGCUGGUCGACUGGCGUUCGGAUUCGUCUAGGGGUUGUAUUCACCAGGGCAGGUUGACAGGUAGAAGACAGUAGCUCUGGCGUUUCAUAGACCACAAGGUGAACAGUACUCAUUCAACCAAUUCCAACCAGGGAGCUAGUCAGUAGAUCAAGCACCAACCAGGACUUGAUUAUUCGAAGUUAUCGAUGAAAAUAUGUAAAUAUAAGUCCGAUUGACAGAUUCGAGGUAUAGAUUCCAGGCCUAUACCUCAAUUUAUUGUUCAAGAUUUUGAUUGAUUAAUACGAUAAUGUUCUUUUCUCGCAGUUGGUUAGUCCCUUUUGAUAUAUGUGAUAUUUGGUUAAAUACCUGAAGAAUGCUGUAAUUGAACAUGUACUUCCAUUACAACAGCUUUGUAGCUGCCAGUGCAUUACAUGACAGCCGAAAUCACAUUGAGUACAAAUUUAUCCGGCAUUAAUUGUCAUAUUCAUCUGUUUCUUUUUCUUAGAAUUUAUGCUAUAUAAAUAUACAAAAAAAAUAUUAUCGUUACAAUCCAUUUUCACCAAAGAGUUGUUUCCAAAUUAGUGUUGUGCUCCGUAGUGCUUAAGAGUGUUUAUUGUAUUCCAGUUAUUCCGUCUGUUACAUUCAGCUUUAGUUACGUUUCUUUGUUACUCCUUAUGCAGUUAAAGCAAUAAUACAAAGAAAGACAAAUGCAUUAUUUAUAGAGGAGGCUAUUGAAUGUCAAGAUUCAGAUAACAUGCACAUGUCGCUUUUGUACAGUUGUAAGUAAAAGAAAUAGAAAUAGAUAAAUGCUGAUAAGCUGUAAAUAAUUCCAACGGUCAUAAACUAGUGUAAAAAAGUAUUAUAGUGAUAAUAGAUAAUAAACUAUGUUAGCACAAUAUAUAUUUGCUUUAAGAAAAAUAGAGAUAUUACUGAAAUUAAUCAGCAACUUUUGUAUGUACAUGGGUUGGCUACAUUCUUCCCAAAUCACUAAUAAACAUGAAAAAUAACUGGAAUAUUUAUUUCCAGUGUGACUCCUAUUUCGAAAAUAAAUGUAUAUGGUUAUAAACCUGUAAAAAAAGAAAAUUGACUCGAAGAUAAUGUGAGUUUUUCAUUCCAAUUUUCAGAGAAUAUCAGAGAAUAAUGCGGUUCGACACAAAGUGCCAAACCGCAUUAAUAUAUGGUUGUAUGUGUUACUUUACGAUAUACUUUUAAUUUGUAUACAAGUAUUCCAUUAACUUUUUUAUUACUGGGAAAUGUUAAUAACGUGGAAAUACUGAAUCCCAUGACUUCAGAGCGUGUUGAUUGAUGAUUGCUGGGGUAAGUCAUCAGGUCUGCUCUCUGCAAAUAUUAGGCAUAGUAGAAGAGGGAAGAGUUGGCCUUUUCUUGUCAUUGUCUCUGUCGUGUUACUUAUCAAUGAGAAUUUUGCGAUGGAGAACGGGAACGUUCUCGAGAUCGCGAGGUACUACAAUAGAAUUCAGUAAAGAAUACACAAACAGGUAAUGUAUAUAAAAAAAACUCAAAUAUUCACCACCGCAAGUGAGGGCUCUGUCUCGUUCUCUACGUUGUAGUUUGUCCGAAAAACGCCACGGAAAAAAACAGAACGUGGAGAUAAGUAACGUUGGUGCAUUCGUGGAAGAGAAACUUAUAAUUAGCGCGUGUUUUAUUAUUAUUAUUAUUAUCAAAUCCUUAUUAGAUUAUCGUUCUCUGGAACAGUUCCACAAAGUUCGUCUAAAUAUAAAUAAAUUGGAGAUCGGCGAGCAUUCAAAAUCAUGUGCACGUAUUUUUUUACUAGAACGAAAAGAACUUAUAACGAACCGAUACAUGUCAUGCAUGUAUAUGACAUGAACCUAUAUGUUACCACUUGCAUCAUGUGAUAGGGCAUUUUGAUUAUCUGAAGAAAAGAGAUCAAUAAACAAAAAUGUGUUCUUGAUCAUGAAGGCAUAAAACAGUAUGACCGUGUGUAUGUAGUGAGAUAAAGCUCUACACUGCCAAAACUCCGGUGUUGAUUUAACGCCUGCCCGGAAUGUAUAAUGUCCACACCAGAGAAGUUUUGAAACAACACCAGUUUGUAAUCAAACCGAAGCCGUUUUAAUACUAAUUGGUGUUGUAUAAAAACCUAUCUGGUGCUAGACCAAAGCAAAACUGUGGGUUUUUAACACUUCUCUGGUGUGGACAUAAUAGAUUCCAGGCUUGUGUUAAAUCAACACCGGAGUUCGUGAAGUGUAUAAUAUUAUAUUUAGCUAUUCAAAGAGAAAGACACAAAUAACCAGCUUUAUAGAGUAUUCAUUUGUAAACAAAUAAUUUAUUUUGUGGUAUUUACAAAUUCUCAACAUCGGCAUCAAUUAAUCCAUAGUAAACACUAGUAUUGUUAUAUGUUAAUCUUAAAUGUUGAUUAAAAAUAAGUUUGAACAAUACGAGUUUUUUCAUUUUAUUGAAAGUAUUUAUACUUAUAAAAUAAUCAGGGAAUGCAGAAUAGGUAUUUACCUUUAUACCAUAGCAAAUUGUUUCACAUUCCAUUUAUAUCAGAUAACGAUCAUCCCAUCGUAUUAUAUAAGCCUUGCCACAAAAUGUCAAUCAAAACUUUACUAGAUGCACGAAUAAAUAAUAAUUUU